UGUUCUUUAAAAAAAAAAUGCAUCCUCCAGAAACCACCACCAAGAUGGCUUCAGUUCGGUUUAUGGUGACACCAACGAAGAUCGAUGACAUUCCAGGUUUGUCAGACACCAGCCCGGACCUCAGCUCUCGUUCCAGUUCCCGUGUUCGGUUCAGCUCCCGGGAAAGUGUUCCCGAAACCAGCCGUAGUGAGCCGAUGAGUGAAAUGUCAGGGGCAACCACCUCACUGGCAACUAUAGCUGUGGAUCCAGCCAGUGACCGGACCUCCAAUCCCCGAGAUGUUACAGAAGACCCAAGUCAGAACUCCAUCACAGGAGAACACAGCCAGCUGCUAGAUGAUGGGCAUAAGAAAGCUCGAAAUGCUUAUCUCAACAACUCCAAUUUUGAAGAGGGGGAUGAAUAUUUUGACAGAAACCUGGCACUCUUUGAGGAAGAGAUGGACACUAGGCCAAAAGUGUCUUCACUGCUUAAUCGCAUGGCUAAUUAUACUAAUUUGACACAAGGAGCAAAGGAGCAUGAAGAAGCAGAGAAUAUUACAGAAGGGAAAAAGAAGCCCACCAAGAGUCCCCAAAUGGGUACUUUCAUGGGUGUGUACCUUCCAUGUCUACAGAAUAUUUUUGGGGUGAUCCUCUUUCUGCGGCUCACGUGGGUGGUGGGCACAGCUGGAGUUCUUCAGGCCUUUGCCAUUGUCCUCAUCUGCUGCUGCUGUACAAUGCUCACUGCUAUCUCCAUGAGUGCCAUUGCCACCAAUGGUGUGGUGCCAGCUGGAGGCUCAUACUUCAUGAUUUCCCGAGCAUUAGGCCCAGAGUUUGGUGGAGCUGUGGGUCUCUGCUUCUACCUUGGAACCACCUUUGCAGCAGCCAUGUAUAUCCUUGGUGCCAUCGAGAUAUUCCUGAUCUACAUUUUCCCCCGAGCUGCCAUCUUCCGAAGUGAUGAUGCCCUUAAGGAAUCAGCAGCCAUGCUCAAUAACAUGCGUGUCUAUGGCACAGCCUUCUUGGUCCUUAUGGUGCUGGUAGUGUUUGUUGGCGUACGCUACGUGAACAAGUUUGCCUCACUCUUCUUGGCCUGCGUCAUUGUAUCUAUCUUGGCCAUUUAUGCUGGGGCCAUCAAAUCUUCCUUUGCCCCUCCAAAUUUUCCAGUUUGCAUGUUGGGCAACCGUACUCUUUCUUCAAGACACAUUGACAUUUGCUCAAAGACCAAGGAAAUGAACAACAUGACAGUCCCUUCAAAACUAUGGGGCUUCUUCUGUAACUCUAGCCACUAUUUCAAUGCCACCUGUGAUGAUUACUUUGAGCACAACAACGUCACAUCAAUCCAGGGCAUCCCUGGAUUGGCUAGUGGAAUCAUUGUUGAAAAUCUUUGGAGUAACUAUCUACCAAAGGGAGAGCUAAUUGAGAAGCCAUCAGCCAAAUCUUCUGAUUUCUUAGGCAACUUGAAUCAUGAGUAUGUGCUUGUUGACAUUACCACUUCCUUCACUCUCCUGGUUGGAAUCUUCUUUCCCUCUGUCACAGGUAUCAUGGCUGGAUCAAAUAGGUCUGGAGAUUUGAAGGAUGCUCAGAAAUCCAUUCCCAUUGGUACCAUUCUCGCAAUCCUGACCACCUCUUUUGUUUAUUUAAGUAGUGUUGUCCUCUUUGGGGCCUGCAUUGAAGGGGUUGUUCUCCGGGAUAAGUUUGGAGAUGCAGUGAAAGGAAAUUUGGUGGUAGGUACUUUAUCUUGGCCAUCCCCAUGGGUCAUUGUUAUUGGUUCCUUCUUCUCAACCUGUGGGGCUGGACUGCAGAGCCUCACUGGUGCCCCAAGGCUGCUACAGGCUAUUGCCAAGGACAACAUCAUACCAUUCCUUCGGGUGUUUGGGCACAGCAAAGCCAACGGGGAGCCUACCUGGGCCUUACUCCUUACUGCUGUCAUUGCGGAACUCGGGAUCCUCAUUGCUUCCCUGGAUCUCGUGGCCCCAAUCCUUUCCAUGUUUUUCUUGAUGUGUUACCUCUUCGUGAACCUGGCAUGUGCCUUGCAGACUCUGCUUCGAACACCCAAUUGGAGACCCCGGUUCCGCUACUACCACUGGGCACUCUCCUUCAUGGGCAUGAGCAUUUGUGUGGCCCUGAUGUUCAUUUCAUCCUGGUAUUAUGCCAUUGUGGCCAUGGUGAUAGCUGGUAUGAUCUACAAAUACAUUGAGUACCAAGGUGCUGAGAAAGAGUGGGGCGAUGGGAUCCGGGGACUGUCCUUAAGUGCAGCUCGCUUUGCCCUCCUACGGCUAGAGGAAGGACCUCCACACACAAAGAAUUGGAGGCCUCAGUUGCUGGUGAUGCUGAAACUAGAUGAAGACUUACAUGUUAAACAUCCUCGCCUCCUAACUUUUGCCUCACAGCUCAAAGCUGGCAAAGGGCUCACCAUUGUGGGCUCUGUUCUUGUGGGAAACUUCCUGGAGAACUAUGGUGAGGCAUUAGCUGCUGAGCAGACCAUCAAGCAUCUGAUGGAGGCAGAGAAAGUGAAGGGCUUCUGCCAGCUUGUGGUGGCAGCCAAAUUGAGGGAGGGCAUCUCCCAUCUCAUCCAGUCCUGUGGCCUUGGAGGCAUGAAACACAACACUGUGGUGAUGGGUUGGCCCAAUGGCUGGCGCCAGAGUGAAGAUGCCCGUGCCUGGAAGACUUUCAUUGGCACAGUUCGGGUGACAACAGCUGCCCACCUUGCCCUACUGGUAGCCAAAAAUGUCUCCUUCUUUCCCAGUAAUGUGGAACCAUUUGCUGAAGGCAACAUUGAUGUGUGGUGGAUUGUGCAUGAUGGGGGGAUGCUCAUGCUCUUACCAUUCCUCCUUAAACAGCAUAAGGUGUGGCGUAAGUGUGCCAUCCGCAUCUUCACAGUAGCCCAGUUAGAAGACAAUAGCAUCCAGAUGAAGAAAGACCUGGCUACCUUCCUGUAUCACCUCCGCAUUGAGGCAGAGGUGGAGGUAGUAGAGAUGCAUGAUAGUGACAUAUCAGCCUAUACCUAUGAGCGCACGCUGAUGAUGGAACAGAGAUCUCAGAUGCUACGGCACAUGCGGCUCUCCAAAACAGAACGAGACCGAGAGGCACAGUUGGUUAAAGAUCGGAACUCAAUGCUACGCCUUACCAGCAUUGGCUCUGAUGAGGAUGAAGAAACGGAGACCUAUCAGGAAAAAGUGCACAUGACUUGGACAAAGGACAAGUACAUGGCAUCCCGAGGACAUAAACCCAAGACAUUAGAGGGAUUCCAGGACUUGCUCAACAUGCGACCGGACCAGUCUAAUGUGAGGCGGAUGCACACUGCAGUAAAGCUGAAUGAGGUGAUUGUCAACAAAUCCCAUGAAGCAAAGUUGGUAUUGUUGAACAUGCCAGGGCCACCCCGAAACCCUGAAGGUGACGAGAAUUAUAUGGAGUUCCUGGAGGUGCUUACAGAAGGGCUAGAGCGUGUCCUUCUUGUACGAGGAGGUGGCAGUGAAGUGAUCACCAUCUACUCCUAACCACACCUGAUCUGUUUUGCUUGACCUAACCUUCCUCACAGGUUUCAAUUCUCCACAAAAAUCUCAGAUGAUCUGGCACUUUAUUUGCUGCCAUUCCCACUGGACUAGAGGGCUGUUUUCUGUAUACGUGAUGCUGAACUUUUGCGGAGCUGAGCCUCAAGACCUCCUCUGUCCCUGUGCUUUAGUGCAAAGGGAGUUGGGAGUUGCCCUUCUUCCCACUUAACCCUCAUCCUUCCUCUAAAAGAAGCAAGUCAAAUGAGAUGUGUGUAAAAUGCUUUGUGACUAGAAAGCAGUACGUAAAUGUGAGUUACUCCCUCAUCAUCAGUGGAACCUAAAAAUCUUUUCGUUGCCCAGUUUAGUGUACAUCAUAACCAGAAAGGAAAAAGAGAUGUGGUAGAAAGGAGCCAGGAUCAAAGAGUAAAUUUAAAUAGGACAGGAGGCACAGUCAUUUUGUUUUGUGCAAGACUGAAGCUGCAAGAUGGAUCUCAGAAACCUUUACUCAAUUGUGAUCUCCUGUAGAAACUUUGAACUCCAGGAUGUUUAUUCCAAGGAUGAUGCUCAGAGAAGUAUAACAACAUUAGAGCAAAAAAAUCCACAGCCACAAGUAUAUGGCACCUCAGUCUCUCUGUAGCAAACCCAUAUGGAAAACUUUCUCCUCAUUCUAUAUCGUGGAAUGAAACAAACCUAUACACAAAGCCCUUUCUGCAAGAACUUAGAAACUUAACCCCAAUAGAUGCUGCUCUUUAGUCUGAUCCCAGGUUAAAGCAUGUAUGUACAUUGUAUGUACACUGAAUGUUUCAAGUUUCCCAAAUUCAGCCCAUUCUGUGGUAUUACUAUGGCAAUGUUACACUGGAAAUUACUUUUUUUACAGAGAGUGUUAUCUAGGUGAUUGAAUCACUCAUACAAACCCCAUCUAGCUGCUCAGAGUGAUACAACUAUAGUCCAUGGAUACUUAUAGAUGAGUGAUUUGGGCAAAAUAAACAAACUGGAUAAUGAGAAAUUAACUGGGCUUAUCUCCCUUUUCCUCCCAUCCUCUGUUUAGUAGGCACAGUACAGAACCACAAGAGCAAACUGGGAGACUGGCUGAUCUGCCCUAAGGAUAAUUUAUGUCACUUAAAAUAAGAUGGGCCUGUAUUUUGAAGGUGAAUUCAGCAAUGGAAUUGAAAGUUCUGGUGCCAAUACCUUAAUUCACAGUGCCAAAGUCACUGAGUUGCUAAAUUCCCUUCAUUUCCUCCUCAAGUAACUCAGAAUAUGAAUUGGCAUUGGCCUUCCUUAAAAAGUUCCAGGUUUUCUCAUUGUGUGGCCUGGUUUUUGGAGUUGAGAUGAAAUAGGGAAGUUGAUAGCACUGUACAGACAAUUUAAGAAAUGAGGUUUUUGUUUGGUUUUGUUUUAGGGUGGGAGGUAGGGGAGGAUGUUGCCCUUUCCCUCAAUUUCUUCCUUUAUUCUGAUUGUAAAGACCUGGCUCUGGACUCAGAGAUUAAUCAGAAGCCUUGUGAUUGCCAAUUUCCUUUGCAUUCUUAGAGUGCUACGAAGGACUGGACUGAGGGGUUGAUUUUACAAGUUAAAUAUUCUUUCCUUUUUUUGCCAAUCACCAAGAUAUUGCUUCCAGGCAUAGGAAAUCUUUGCCUUAUAUGGCUGUGGCAAUUUCAGACACCUGAAGUUAGCCUGAAAUCUUUCUUUCUGUUACAGAGAGAUUCAUGUGUAGGGACCACUCUGCCUUGCCUAGGCCCAUGGCCAUUUCAUGAACUCAGCUGUUACUUGACUAAACUGAAAAUAGUUAUAAUCUCUCUCUCUUCUUUACUCAGUAGCAUGUGAAAUGAGCCUUUUUGUAUUCAGAAUGUGCAACAUUCUGAGGAUUCAACUAGCUUCAUGGACAGAGACAGCAACCAUUCAGUGUAAGUGAAGAAAAUCAUCAGUAGCCACACACAAAUUAGAAUAGCAAAAAAUGAGUCAACUCUAAUUCCUGUCUUCCUUUGACAGAACAAGAUAUUUAACCAAUCUUAGCUCCCGUUUCUUCCUCCAAGGUGUCAGGAAGAGAGUGCUAGUGAACGUUUACAGUUUCAUUGCACCUUCUAUUCCUUGUUUUCCUCUACCAAUUUCCUUUUUAUGGUGUGGACUGUGGUUCAAUGCCAGAAGAAAAUUCCCUUCUUUGCUCUGCCCAAGAGCCUAGACUUGGCAACCUGAUACUCCAAAAAAUCAUUUCAUCUCUUGAUGGGCUUUUUAGUUUAUCUGAGCAGCACCCCCCACCCCAAAAGGGUGAUGAUUUUAGAGGUUAGGUAGAUUAAUGUAAUCUAGACAGAAAAAUGAAAGGUUUUAAGGAAAUUCUCCCUGAAGUUUAUAGUCAGAAUAUUUUAAAGGGAUGAGGGAACUGGAGGUUAUUUGUAUAGCCCCUCUGCCUCCAUCUGGUUUUUUUUUAACACUGUUACAAUGCAGAGUAUUGUCCAGACUCUGCCCAGACUCUCACUGUCAUUUCUGUGUGGGUCACUGUAUAUGUAUGUAUUUUGUCGUGUGUCUACAAAGUGUCUCUCAAUCAUUGCAAAGUAGAGCAAUACUGAAAACUCCACAUGAGAAUGCACCUUAGGAAGGGGGCUAUCUGCUUUCACAGAGGGAAGGGAGGGGAAGAACCUUCUAUCUUUGGGACAAGAUCAAAUUUGGAGAUUUAGCCAUAAUAUUCCCAGGGAGUGUAGUGUCAAAUAUCCUCUUGCUAUUGGUCUAUGCCUUCCUUAGCUGGAUUAAAAAUCAUAUUGAGGCCAGUCUUUUAGCAGGGGAAAGAUCACUACUUCAUAUUCAUAUAUGCCUCACAACUUCCUGAGGCAGCUGGGGACUGCCUCUCCCUAAGGAACCCAUUCUCUACCCUAUGAUGGAUUAAGCACAGUCACCUUCCUCUGUCCCCAAGUUAAGUAAAAUAAUAUGGCAGGUAGAAAAUGCCCAGGUUCAGUCUGGUAUUAACAAUUAUGUUUUCUUUUUUUUUUCCCUUCUCAUCAUGUAUAAUCUGAAGCUAGCAUUAGUUUCUCAAAUCUGCCACAAUUGUCUCCAGCAGUAUUUGUCCCCUUUAAUAUCAUUUAGAGGUAGAACCUUUAUUUUAAGAAAAAUGGAUUUAAGGGAACUCAUACAACUUUGUUUUCUUUUCCAAGAGCCGUUCUGAGCAGUUUAAUUUAUUGAGAGGAGAGGCUGAAGCAGCCACUCUUGUUUACACGGAAUUAUGGUUUUGAUUGUUGUUUUUGCUCUGUAUUGGAAACAUAAAUAAAGUUUUUUACAUUAUUUUCAGCCA